AUGGCUCCAACCAAGCAAGCUGUUAUCUGCGUUUUUUGCGGCGCUACAGCAGGUAAAGAUCCAAUCCACUUCGAAGCUGCCCGAACACUGGCCCAGGAAUUCCACAAGCACAACGUCCAAUUGGUCUAUGGUGGCGGUACAACUGGAUUAAUGGGCGAGAUCGCCCGCACACUCGUCUCUCUCUCAGGCCCUCAAGCCGUCCACGGCGUGAUCCCACGCGCACUUGUCCAAGUCUCCACGAAGAGCAACGGCAAUGGCGAGGCAACACCUGAGGGGGAGAGUGCCCACGGUGGCGGCAAGGCCGCUGAGCGGGUAGUCUCGGAGUCGCCCGAGGCCGAUGGAAUUCCCGAGUCAGAGUAUGGAAUUACGACUAUCGUACCGGAUAUGCACACUCGCAAGCGACUCAUGGCGACCAAGGUGCUAGAGGGAGGACCCGGAUCUGGAUUUGUGUCAUUGGCUGGUGGGUUCGGGACGAUCGAGGAGGUGAUGGAGAUGACUACAUGGAAUCAGCUUGGAAUUCACAAGGUGGGUGUCGUGUUACUGAAUAUCAAUGGAUACUGGGAUGGAGUACUAGCUUGGGUCCGGAAUGCUGUGGAACAAGGCUUUAUCAGUCCCGAGAAUGGGAAUAUUCUCGCUGAGACACGGGAUCCCAAGGACGUGUGGGGGAAGCUUUUGGAGUAUCAGGUCAGUAGUGAGCGGUUCCAGUUGAACUGGGGUGAAGAGUAA